GAAGUAUUGUACACGGGCGAAACGAAAGAGGAAGUUAUUUAGAAAAGAUAAGGUCUUUUCCGAAAAUAAAUCUGUACUUAUACCUGUACGAUUUAUAUUGCAAGGGAAACAAUGGCAAUUAAGGCGCCACUUCUUGUUGCUGGGAUUGAUUUUGGGACAACCUACUCCGGAUGGUCUUACUCGUUUAGACACGAGUUUGAACACGACCCAACUAAAGUCGCAACCAAAAGUUGGUAUGGAGACCAGCUGGUUUCAUUAAAAGCACCGACAUGUGUUCUGGUUGAACCCGAUGGGGAAACUUUCUCAGCGUUUGGAUACGACGCUGAAUCCAAGUACACCAGUCUAGUUGAAGCGGAGGAACAUGAAAAAUGGUACUUCUUCAGGAGAUUCAAGAUGAAGCUACACAAUAAGACUAUAAAAAGAGAUAUGGAAAUUGAAGAUGAAACAGGAAAGAAAUUAAAUGCAAAGCUUGUCUUUACGUCUGCAAUAAGAUUUCUCAAAGACGACCUUUUAAACGUGAUUGAAGACCGCAUUGCAGGAGCCGCUACCUCGGAGGAAAUUAAUUGGGUGUUGACUGUUCCCGCGAUUUGGGAUGGUGGUGCCAAGCAGUUCAUGAGAGAAGCAGCAGAAAGCGCUGGUAUUCCAUCUUACAAUCUCAUCAUAGCUUUGGAGCCAGAAGCAGCAGCCGUUUACUGUCGAUUUUUACAGAAAAAGAAUGAAGAAGAUAGUUCACUGUCAACAUUUAAAACAGGAAGCAAAGUCCUUGUUGUUGAUGCAGGAGGCGGUACGGUUGAUAUUGCUGUACAAGAGGUUGCAGAGAACGGUUCUAUGAAGAACAUCUACAAGGCCAGUGGUGGAGAUUGGGGAGGAACGAAGGUGGACGAGGCUUAUGUCAUUUUUUUACAAAACAUGUUAGGAAAGGAUUCUAUUGACGCAUUUAAGCGGUGUUACAUGGAAGAUUACAUAUUCAUGAUUCGUGACUUUGAAAUGAAAAAGCGAGGCGUUGACCCAUUGAAAAGUGAAAGGCCAGUGAUUUUCAGAGUUUCAGCAAUGUUACCAAAGCUGAUUAAAAAAACCAGGGGCAAAAAGAUUCAUGAGGCCAUAACGGAUUCUCCAUUUGAUAGUACGGUUUCAAUCCAAGGCGACAAAUUGAAAGUCGAUAUGAGUGUUGUUGCAACCUUUUUCAAAACGCAAAUUGAUGCAAUAAUUGACCAUUUGUCCAUUGAACAUUAUUGAGCAGUCGACGAUAGGUGACAUAGAAGCGAUUGUUUUGGUUGGAGGAUUUUCCAAUAGCUCUUUACUCCAGCAGUCCAUUAAGUCAAGAUUUGUUCGCCAUACAAUUAUCAUCCCAAAUGAUGCAGACCUUGUUGUCCUGAAAGGGGCCGUUAUAUUCGGACACAAACCAGAGCUGAUUACUCAGCGAGUGAGCAAAUACACGUAUGGGCUUCGAAUGAAAAUGCCUUUUGUUGACAAUGUUCACAAGGAAUCUUACAAGGUGAUACGUGAGGACGGGAAAGUUUGCUGUGGUAAUUGUUUUGAUAUACACAUUACAGUUGGGCAGUGCCUUUUUGUUGGAGAAGCACAAGUAGAAAAGAGCUAAACUCCAGCGAAAUCAAAUAAAACCGCUAAAUGCUUUCCUGUUCAUUUUACACAUGCUACAGAUCCGAUGUACACAACUGACUACGGGUGCUACUGUGCAGGCAACAUGAUAGUCCCCAUAGGAGGAAGUUGACUAGACCGAUCGGUUGAAGUACGGAUGAUUUACGGUGGGACAGAGAUAGAAGUUGAGGCCACCGAGGUCGCGACAGGGAAAGUUCAUCGCCUAAAUGUUGACUUCUUGAACUUAAGUUAAAAAUAAGGAAGAAAUGUUCUUUUUCACUGAAAACAUUAUUUUAGUUUAAGCAACCAAUGUCUUAGAAAGUGUUGCAGGCGUUUUAACACUGAGUUUUAAUUAGAAACUGUUUUGAUAAAAAUAUAUAUAAAAUAUGAACAGUGGCCAUGUUGAACUAUACAAUGAUACUGACAAUUUUUAACCUUAAACUUUGUCAGACAGGCAGUAAAUGUAAAUUAUCAACAGAGAGAGAGAGAGUAAUUUGUCAAUGUAAUAUUGUUGUUUUUUCUAUUUGGUAUGAAUGUAUAGGAGAAAAAUGAUAGAACUGUAAAGUAUUGUAAAAGAUAAAAAAGGCCAAAACAUUAGAUCAGUUGUGUAAAGUUAGUGCUUAUAUCACAUGACCAAGUAAGGCAAACACACUUUUUAAUAUACAAGAAU